AAAGGGUUUAGAAUAUCGGUAAAUGUAGUUAGGUUUGGUACACUAAAGCGCAAUUUUACAAUACACUGCGAUAUUUUUACUACUAUAUAUUGCGUUCAUUGUAAUUUUCAUACAACUUUUCAAAGUGGAGAGAUAUAGUCAUAACAUUUUAAUAAUAGUUUCAUAACGUUUUUGUUAGUUCGGAAAUAGUUUUCACGGCGGUAGAAAGUUCAACUAGCGGAACUUAUAUGCUAUUUAUCUGUUGUGAAUUUAUUCCGUUCUUUGUUGUGGAAUACAAUAAUGACAAAGCGAUAGAUGUGGUUUUGCAUAAAUAUUUUUUAAUAAUAAUAUUUUGAAUAGACCGAAAAAAGGAAAACUUGAUAAUGUGAUAUAAGAAUGUGCAAUAAGUUUCGAAUGUUCAGAAAAUUGUGGAAUUUUUGUAGUGAUACAAUAAAAUUUAAAAUAAUGUAAUUAUUAAAGUUGUUGCUGCCGGACACAGAAGCUGGACGAACUGACUUUUAUUAGUUUAUUUAUUUAUCUAUUAAUUUUUAAGAUUAUAAAACAUGAGAUUUUGGAGCAGACUAGCGAUUCUGUAUUGUCUAAAAGCCGUACUGGUGUCCGGUUACGAGUUCGAUGCGGAUUAUCUGAUUCCUCCGAAAUGUCAGCCCUGUGAUGCCAAGUCGUGUCCCCAGUUGACAUUCUGUGCUGGUAAGAGGGUGAAGGACAAUUGUGGUUGUUGUCCCAGAUGUUCAUCAGACCUGUUUCAGCCUCAUCCCAGAGACCCGCAGCCGCCGCCGGGGGCUCAAUUGCCAUCUGAUGCAACAGAAGUGGAUGAAAAUAAAGCCGAUAAUCCCUGCGACAAGAGACAGUGUCCAAAGUUCAAGGUGUGCAUGAUCAACGUGCAAGGUCUGCCAAUAUGCACGUGUCCAAGUUCAUACGUCUGCAAAAAUCAUGGUAAAAAAGGAAAGCCGGAAGAAGUUUGCGGAAGUGACGGUAUAACAUACGACUCACGUUGCCACCUGCGGAUCGCAAGUUGUAAUAGUGCACGUAGAAUCAAGCGUAAACAUGACGGAGAAUGUACAAAAGAAGACUUGGCAGAAAUCAAUGCAAUUGAAAGGCAAGUUGAGAAAAACAAAAUAAAUCAGAUAGACUUCGGGAGUAAUACUGGUACACAAGAUGCAGAAUAUCUUGCUGCUCUUAACAGAGCGAAAAAACGGCGAUUGCGUCAAAAGAAGAAACAAGAUAAAAAGAAGAAGAGGAAACGAAAGAAGCAAAGAAAGGAACGGAGCAAAAAGAGAGGAAACAAACGACAGAAAAGAAUGAAAAGGCGAAAUGAAGGUUACAAUAUGUAUUCAAAAAGGUAUGGGUACUUAAUAGGACGGAAUACAAGAUGGAGUAAAAGUCAAAUCAGAAAGAGUAGAAUAUAGACAGACUUUAGGUGAAAUUACGUUCCGACAUUAUGUGAUAGAGUGAAACUGACGACGUAAGUGUAUAUGGAUAUUACGCAGAUGUUAUACAAAAAAAGUUGGAUAAGUAAUUUCGUGCGUUGUUUAUAUUUGAGUGUUGUAAUGUUUACUUGUAUUGUUGUGAUACUCAGGCAGACAUGCAGCUGUCCGUAUUCGUGUGAACAUUUGUCAGAAACAUAUGAGCCGCGCCAUGAGAAAACCAAUAUAGUGGCUUUGCGACCAGCAUGGAUCCAGACCAGCCUGCGCAUCCGCGCAGUCUGGUCAGGAUCCAUGCUGUUCGCUAACGGUUUGUCUAAUUGAAAGCGAACAGCAUGGAUUCUGACCAGACUGCGCAGAUGCGCAGGCUGGUCUGGAUCCAUGCUGGUCGCAAAGCCACUUUGUUGGUUUUCUCAUGGCGCGGCUCAUAUGAACAUAUGUCAUGAAAAGUAUCUCCAUAUAAAUUUUGUAAUGGGGUUAGUCUUUUUGAUAGGAAAUAGUUCAGUAUUGGGUUCCAAUUCUCAUUUCAAUUGCAUGCUCAUUCAAACGUAAACGACAGUAGAAAGUAUAUUUUCUUGCCAUCGGAAGUAAUGUGUAAAUUUUGGAUUUUAAACAUGGAAUUUUAAUAUUUAUUAGAUGUAUAUUUUAUCAUUUAUCUAUAAUACCAUGAGUAUGAAUAUGAUGUGUGUUAGUUUUAGAAAUUUACUUCAUUCUUUUACAAUGUUUUAAUUAUUACGUAACAAAAUAUUUUGUCCACUUUAAUCAUUAGUUUCACAAUGCACAGUGUGUCCAGUUUUUUGCAAAAUGAUAGGUUAACAGAGGAACGAAUUUGAAAGGAAUUCAAGUAUUCACUGUUAAAUAAAGACAGAAACAGCAUAAGCAUUUAUGUAUUGUUAAAAUAUCAUAACUUAAAUAUAGAAUGAACCAGUUCAAUAUCGAGAGUCUGAUUGUCUGACAGUGUAAUUGGUCUCUGUGACAAUUUGAUAUGUCAUAUUACCUAAACUUUAUGUGCGAAAAACAUGUUAAUAGUGUUAAAAAAAGUCAAAUACUGUCCGAUUUCUGGACAAUAGAGACACAGCUUAAAUAGCAUCUAAUUAAGUAACAUAUAUACAUUACUGGUUCAAAGAGACAGUUUCUCCUCGAAUAUCUUUACACAUUUAUGUAAGAAAAUAAAGAUUUAAAAGGAAA